AUGCAUAUGAUGCGGCGGCUCAAGAGCAUCGCCUCCGGCCGCUCGUCAGUCUCCGAUCCGGGUGGUGACUCUGGCUCCAAAAGGCCAAAAUUUGAGCAGGAUGGAGCAGGAGAUAUUGUUAUCGAGCCACACUUAACUGAGGACAAACCUGUGCGGAUAGACCAAGAAUCAUCGUCAUCAUCUAAUAGGGAUGCUGAGGCAAGCACAUCUACUAGCAUGAAGCCUGCUAAAACUGAAGAACCAGUAGCAGAUCUUCUUCCCAAAGAAAUGAAUGAUAUGACAAUUAAUGACGAUAAAGCUGAUGGCCACAAUGAUAAGGAUGGUGAAGGUGUUACUCUUGAUGGGAAUGGAACUGAGACAGGACAGAUAAUUGUGACAACAAUAGGAGGCCAUAAUGGGAAGCCAAAGCAGAAGGUCUCAUACAUGGCAGAACGGGUUGUUGGUACUGGUUCGUUUGGUGUAGUUUUCCAGGCAAAAUGCUUGGAAACUGGUGAGACGGUGGCAAUAAAAAAGGUGUUACAAGAUAAGCGCUACAAGAAUAGAGAGCUCCAGACUAUGCAGUUACUUGACCACCCGAAUGUAGUUCAGCUGAAGCAUCACUUCUUUUCAACAACCCAAAGGGGAGAAGUUUACCUCAACCUAGUACUUGAAUUUGUAUCUGAGACAGUUUAUCGUGUUGCCAAAUACUACAAUCGGAUGAACCAGCGUGUACCCAUAAUAUACGUUAAGUUAUAUGCAUAUCAGAUGUGCCGUGCGCUUGCUUACACCCAUCGUGUUGUCGGUGUGUGUCAUCGUGAUAUUAAACCUCAAAAUCUACUGGUCAAUCCUCAUACACAUCAACUUAAGAUUUGCGAUUUUGGGAGCGCUAAGAAAUUGGUCCCUGGUGAGCCUAACAUAUCGUACAUUUGCUCGCGGUAUUAUAGGGCUCCUGAACUAAUAUUUGGAGCUACGGAGUAUACCACUGCAAUCGAUAUCUGGUCUGUUGGCUGUGUAGUGGCUGAGCUUCUGAUUGGUCAGCCUUUGUUUCCUGGUGAAAGUGGUGUUGAUCAACUGGUGGAAAUAAUAAAGAUUUUGGGUACUCCAACAAGAGAGGAAAUCAGGUGCAUGAAUCCAAAUUAUUCUGAAUUCAAGUUCCCUCAGAUAAAAGCCCAUCCAUGGCACAAGCUUUUUGGUAAGCGCAUGCCACCUGAAGCUGUUGAUCUUGUGUCAAGGCUACUUCAGUACUCACCAAAUCUGCGCUGCACUGCUGUUGAUGCUUGUGCCCAUCCAUUCUUUGAUGAGCUGCGGGACCCCAAGGUCUGCUUGCCAAGUGGACGGCCACUGCCACCGUUGUUCGACUUCACUGCAGCUGAACUCGAAGGGCUCCCAAUUGAGCUCGUCCAUCGGAUUGUUCCUGAACACAUGAGGAAGUGA